GGACGCGGGCCGUCGUGGCGCCCUGAGGCGACGAUGUGGCGCGGCAAGGCGCGGGCCCUGCUAGCGGUGGGGCUCGGCAUGGCUCUCGAGGCGCUGGCCUGCUGGCUAAUAGGGCGGCUGGGUCGGUCGUCGUCGUGGUGGUGGCAGUGGCAGCGGCCGCCGCCUUCCCCGGUACGCGAGGUGCUUUUCUUCCCGUCGCGCGUGACGUGCGUGGAGUCGCUGCUGGCGGGGGAGGAGGCGGAGGAGGCGACCCCGUGCGCGUGCCUGCUGCCCCACGGCGAGAGCGCGCUCGGGCGGCUCCUGGCGCGCGUGCUGUCGGCGCGGCGCUCGCUGGACCUGUGCGUCUUCGCCUUCUCCAACCCGCAGCUGGGCCGCGCCGUCUGCCUCCUGCACCAGAGGGGCGUCCAGGUGCGCGUCGUCACCGACACCGACUACAUGGCCCUCAAGGGGUCGCGGAUCGGCGAACUCCGGAGAGCCGGUGAGUCGCCCGGGGGGGGGGGGGGGAAGGAGGGAGGGAGGUGUGAGGCGGAAGGGGAACCCCAAGGGUCGUCUAGCCCAACCCCCUGCGAGGCGGGCGCAACAAACCAGAAAACACCCACCUGACGGGGGGGGGGAUUUUAACCCGUUGUUUACUUAUUAAAUUUGCACACCGUCCUUCAUCUGAGGGCUGCUCACAACAUAAAAAUCCAAGAUUAUUUUUUUUAAAAAAAUAAAGACAUACCCCAGAAACGACAUAAUAAAGUCAAGAAGAGUAAAAAGAAGAGCAAGACAAAACAAUGACCCCGUCCCCCCCCCCCACAAACACAUUUAAAAGGCCGGUAAAAGAUGAACUUCCCUGGGGAGAGCAAUCCGCAAGAAGGGGAGCCACUGUCUGGUUUUAUGUUUUAUUGUCUGUUUUUAUAUCGUUGCAAAUCUCUGCGAUGCAUUUUCUUUUUAGAAACAAAUAAACCCCACGACUCUGAUUAAAAUCCUCAAAUGAAAGAGAGUCUGCCACCUUUGGUUCCACUGUGGAACUCUCCUAAAGUUCUUGUAUGAAUGUUGUUCAUAAUUUGUAAAGAGGUCCCAGCUUGGGAGAAAAGUGGGGUAUAAACUACAUUUGAUAAUAAUUACGCUGAAUUUGGUAGCGGAGUUGUCAUUUACAUACCCCACCCUGCAAGUAUUUUGUUGUUUUCACUUAUUUAUAUAACAGUCAACGUUCAGCAGUCCCACCCAACCCCAGCAAAACCACUUGGUUGUUGGCCUCCAUCUAUCUCUAGAGAAACGGAGUGUGACUUCCAGGGUGAAGUCAAUUGUGGCUGCAGAGAUUGGUAACUCAUUAACUGCUGCCUCCAGUGUUGUUUUUGUUGCAUUAACAGCACUGAAUUUACCGUAUUUUUCGCUCUAUAACACGCACCCGACCAUAACGCGCACGUAGUUUUUAGAGGAGGAAAACAAGAAAAAAAAUAUUCUAAACGAAACAGUGGGUUAUGAUUUUUGUGGUUCAUGCUGUGGCCACAGACAUGCGAUCUGACAGUGAGUUUGGAGUAGCCCAAUGCAAAAAUCCUGAGGAUCCAUUUGGAUCCAUGCUUUGUAACCACGUUUUUGCACCACUGCGGCCCCAGGCAACAGUGGGUGCGUAAUUUUUUUGGUGCAAGAUGUAGCCAUGGACAUGCUAUGUGAUCUGAUGGUGAAUUUGGGGUGACCCAGUGCAAAAAUCCUGAGGAUCCAUGUGGAUCCGUGCUUUGUAACCACGUUUUAAGUGGGGAGGGAAGGAAAAGCACUCAAGGGACAAGGAGCAUGUGUGGGGUGGGUGGAGAAGGAUGCUGCUAAUAAUGAAGAAGAGGGGUAUAAGGGGAGAAGGCUCCUCUCCUCUCCCGCUUUGCUCCUUUAAAGCAAGCAGGCUCUGCUUUUCUCCCUCCUCCCCGCUCAUCCCCGGCUUAGCGAGCUGAAAAACUUUGCUGCUGUUUAGCGAGCUGAGUGGGGAGGAGAGAGCGACAGAGAGCCUGCUUGCUUUAAAGGAACCAACUGAACAGGCUGCUCUCCUCUCCCGCUUUGCUGUUUCAAAGCGAGCCACGGAGGAGGGAAGGAAGGGGAACCAUGGAUUCUCUGCUCACGACUGCAGCAGAUCCCCCCUGCCACCCGUAGGCAUUCCCUCCAUAACACGCACAGGCAUUUCCCCUUACUUUCUAGGAGGAAAAAAGUGAGUGUUAUGGUGCGAAAAAUACGGCACUUCUCCAGGAUGCAAGCCUGGGCAGCGUGUACGGCGGUCAUGUCUGUUUAACGUCAUUUAACUUUUUAAAGUCAUUUCAGGGUAUAAUUCCACAAGUUGCCCUGUGUUCUCAUAAACUUAAGAAAUUUCAGCCACUGAAUUUCUGUAUGUAGCUCUCAAUACACUACGUAUAGUGCUGGGAGCUAAGUCAGUUUCGUGGAAAGAUGGAAAAGUGAUUUUGUGGCACUGAAUAGGGUAUGCUGGUUUUUCAGGAAUUCAGGUACGUCAUGAUCAGGAUAGUGGGUACAUGCACCAUAAGUUUGCCAUCAUUGACAAAAAAAUGCUGCUCACUGGCUCCCUGAACUGGACUACUCAAGCCAUUCAAAACAACAGAGAGAACCUGCUGGUAGUUGAAGACAGGGACUGUGUGAAUCUUUUCCUGGCAGAAUUUGAAAGGAUUUGGGAGGACUACAAUCCGGCUCAUUACACAUUUUUCCUCAAAGAAGAACAGCAGGUACAGAAAAAGGAUAAAACUUUUCCUCAAACAAAAUUGCAGCUUAAAUGACUAUUUUGAAGCAGUAAAUUUUUUAGUCUAAAGACUAGUUCCUAAGUUAUGUGUUUGAGAAUGGCAUAAAUUGCUUUAGGAGUAACUAAAUGCAAAUUUAUGCUCCUUUAAAAAAUUGUACAAGCAACAUAUUGUGUGUUUGAAUUAUUCUUUGAGAAAUAGAUGGCCUGUACUUAUGUGCUAUUAUACCUGUUCUCAAUAAAGCGUGCUUUUUAAAUUCUAA